AUGAGUAGUUAUUCAGACAUACCUACCUCGUUCGACCCUGCCCAAUUUCUAUCCGACUUCGAUCUUCCCCACAACGACGCGCCCGCCUCGCAAUCCCAUUCCGACGAACUCGACGCAUUACAGGAGUGCAUUGCCGAAGACACGCAAAAGAAGAAUAGUGCAGGCGUUGUUAUCAAAUACCGUGCUUGGAACGUAGCCGAUAUAUUCCGGAGUGAAGAAGUGGUUAUUGAAACGCCUGCAAAGCGCCGGAAGCAUUCACCAGUCAAGCGCAUUCCUACCGAGUCGUCAACAGAAGGGCGAUACUUUCCUUCCUCGCCUCCAGUUUACAACAUGCCUUUAAUCUCUUCGCCCAUCGCAUACCCGCCGAGCUCGUCGAUGCUACAACCCCCGUCGCCAAAGAAGAGGACUCGCACUGAAGAUGCGCGGGAGCCGUUGAAGGAUGUGGCAAACAACAAUGCGAAGCGCAAGAUUGGAGGAUUCUUGGACGACUCAGAUGACGAGGAUGACAUUGAAGCGCUCAAGGAACACACCCUCAAGAGGCGGGCGGUCAGCAGCAUCAGAGACCUACCAGCUGUUCCAGAGGUCCUAGCAGACUAUACACCACCUGCGAGCCAGGAUGAAUUUGCAGAUCCAGAAUCGAUACCUGUAGACGAACUCGACAACUACAGUUUUAAAUCACAAUCACAAUCGCCGGUCAAGCGACCCCAGACAUCACACGAACCCACUUCAGCACAACCUAUGCGCGGUGUUCUGGCCCGUAACGCAGCAGGAAAGGCAAUCUACAUACCAAAGAAGGCGAAGCAGGAAACUCAGUCCUACGAAGAGAUAAUAGCGAGCCGCUCCGUAGCAGUAGAAGGAAAGGCACGGACCAGCUACUACGGACUCAAUAUCCACCAGCUCAUGGACGAAGCGAAAGCGGCCGAUCAAGAAAAGGCCCUUAAAUCACUUUCCGUCAAUGACCUACCGCAAAAGUCCGUCGAGCAGCCAGUCUGCAAAAACGGAAAGAGCAAUCGCACACUCAUGUGGACGGAGAAGUACCGAGCGAAGAAGUUCACAGAUUUGGUUGGAGACGAACGAACACAUCGAUCAGUAUUGCGCUGGCUUAAAGCAUGGGACCCAAUUGUUUUCCCCGGUGCUAGCAAAGCCAAAGUGAAGAAGGCACCCAAGGGUUUUGAGGAAGAUGAGCAGAGACAUCGCAAGAUUUUGCUCUUGACGGGUCCACCUGGACUGGGAAAGACUACCCUUGCCCAUGUUUGUGCGCGACAAGCAGGCUACGAAGUUCAAGAAAUCAAUGCGUCCGAUGAACGUAGUGGGAACGUUGUAAAAGGCCGCAUCCGGGACAUGGUUGGCACUGAAAAUGUACGUGGUGUCAACACGAGCACCAUCAAUGGCAAGAUACGAAAAGCGGGCAAGCCAGUCUGCGUCAUCGUUGAUGAGGUAGACGGUGUAGUGGGUGGCAGUGGUGGCUCAGGCGAAGGUGGUUUCGUCAAGGCCCUGAUCGACUUGGUGAACUUGGAUGAGAAGAACUCGAAAACACUGGGGCAGCAACAAUCUACGACCAGCUCAAAGAAGAAGAAGGGCGACAGGUUCCGACUACUACGCCCGCUUAUCCUCAUUUGCAACGACGUAUACCAUCCAUCGUUACGGCCUUUGCGACAAUCUUCAAUGGCUGAGAUCGUUCACAUUCGUAAACCUGCGCUCAGCAUGGUCGUCUCGCGCAUGCAGGAUAUCUUCACAAAGGAAGGAAUUCAAUGUGAUUCUGACGGAGUACGACGUCUAUGCGAAGCCACUUGGGGCGUGAGCACGAAGAAGGAAGGUGGCACCGGCAGUGGCACUGGAGAAGGAGACAUCCGUGGCGUAAUGGUCGUUGCCGAGUGGAUAGCAGGACGGCUACGUUCUUCACACGACUCCAAGUCGGACGGCCGACCACAUUUAUCACGGAGAUGGAUAGAGGACAAUCUCAUCAACGAUUUACAGCACGGUGGUGGAGCAGCCCGUAGUUUAGGGCGAGGAGGCGCAAAAGAUGUCGUUGACCGUGUGUUCCGCGAGGGCGCCGGCUUCCCCAAGCAAGCCGAGACAAUUGACGCCAGAACAGCUGCUGCGCGGGCAAAGAGCGGCGUCGUCGGGGUAGCAGAAGCAGGGAAGCGGCGUGCUAUGGACCGUCUUAGGGAAAUGGUCGACACGAGCGGUGACUGCGACCGUAUCAUCACAGACUGCUUCACCGCCUACCCCGAGAAGCCCUUCCAAGACGACACGCUCCUCAGCAAGCCCAGCGCAGCCUACGAAUGGCUCCACUUCCACGACACGCUCAACGCCGCCGUCCACGGUUCCCAGGAAUGGGAACUAGCCCCUUACCUUUCAAACUCAGUCCUCGCCUUCCACAACCUCUUCGCCUCGCCCAUUCGCUCAUCCUCAAACCCCGCUUCAGAUCCAGAUACCCAGCCCACGCCUUUCUCCGGCCCCGGCGCCAGUUUCGCAGCGUUUGAACAGUACAAAGCGAGUAGGAGCCAGCUCAUGUCUCUGCAGACAAGUCUGACACUCCCGCUCACACGCAUGUUCCGCAGCCCAGAGGAAAUGGCGCUGGAACUUAUACCGUACGUACUACGCAUGCUCUCUCCAGAUGUCAAACCCGUCCUCGUAAACACGGGUGCAACAGGUUCCAAGUCCUUCGCCACAGCCUCCGUGCGCAAAGCAUCCGAAAAAGAGCUCGUGCGCAGAGCCGUCGACGCAAUGGCCGCGACGGGUGUGCGCUUCGAGAAAUCAAGAAUAGAAACAGAGGACGUGGCGAAUCGCAGUGCGGGCUUCGUGUGGCGUAUGGAGCCUGCACUCGACGCGCUGGCGAGCUUCGAGACGCUGGGCGGUAAAAAGGACGAUAAGGUUCGGUAUGCGGUGCGUAGUGUGCUAGAGCAAGAAUGGAGGAAGGAAUCUGCGUUACGUGAACAUGCGAAUCGGAAGCGUAGGGGUGGCCAGGAUGAAUUCGACGACGAGGUUGAUGCGGAGAAAAAGGAGAAGAAGACUACGGAGGAGAAAGUCGCAGAGGCGAAUAAGAAGGCUGUGAAGCGCGACUUUUUCGGUCGUAUCAUCCAAGAGACGGAUGCGACGAGGAAGGAGGCGAAGCGGAAGUUGGAUAGUGGAGAGAUGGCGGGAAAUGUGGGCAGGAUUUGGGUGAGCUUUCAUGAGGGGUACUCCAAUGCGGUCAGGAAGCCGGUUACUAUUGAUGAUAUUAUGCGGGGAUUGUAG